AUGAAUAACAGGAAUAAUAUCUCCAGCUCAAAAUACACAAAGAUUCCGUGCUCGGUUGCCGAUUUUCCUGACCCCAGUCCACAUGGACCCUGUCUCAGUGGAGUUUAUUUUGGUGAAAUAAUUAACAAUGAACUAGGUGAUGGUGAUAAAUUACUGUGUUCCUAUCAUAUGAAAACAGCAGUUUUCUGGAUGAUUCAACAAAAUACAUUACACCAUUGGUGUCCACAAACUCUCCUAGAGUGUUUCAGGAAAUGCUUCAAGCUGAUCCUUAAGUGGGUAUAUGAGGGGGUCUGUCCUAACUUCUUCAUUCCCCAAAAUAACAUGUUUCUGAGUAAGGUCCAUGGUGAAGCACAACAUCAGCUAUAUUUAAGACUGUAUGGGUUGUAUGAAAAAGGUUUAUUAUUCCUGCUACACAGUCCAUCCAUUAGGUCUUCUAUAAGAAAGGUCCUUCUCUACCCCAACCUCUCCAUAUGUACAGAUGAGAAUAAUGUGAUAUCUGAGAUUAAGUUUGAUAAAGAUCUCUUUGAAGAGAUACACGCAUAUGACGCAAUUUCCACUCCAAACCUAGAAACAUGUAUGAGGUCUCUACGUACAAUAGCACAAAUCAUAGGCUCACUUCUCCUUACACAAUAUCAAGUCACAUUGUUACAGAAACUUACAGCUAAUGUUCUUCAGGGAACUGCUUUUAUAUUUUACAUGGAAACUUACACAUGUAAAAACAAACUGAGGUAUAGAGCGGACAAAAUCUCCUGUCACAUGCUGAAAUUAGCAGCCAAGUUUGGUUUUGUUACUGACAUGAUGUACAUAGCCAUGUAUUAUUACAAGACACUUAGAUACAAGGAGACUUUGAAUAUUAUAGAGAUAAUCAAGGUCAAGCUAACAAAGCCUUGUGUGAUGUUUAGGUUAAAUGUAGAUACAGAGAUGUAUACUGAGGCUGUAGGGGGACAGUCCUGGUCUACAAAGAUGAGACAGGCUGUAGCAAUGAAUAUCCAUCUUGGCCAACAAAUGUAUUACAUCAAUGAGUUAAUACCAGAACAACAUUCUGGUCUACAGAACGAUAGAUCAGAUUUAUUCAUCCCACCAUUUGUUCUGUUAUAUAUGUUAGAAAUCUUGUGCUACAAUCAUGUAGACACAAUGAGAGUACAAACAGCUCUAGAUGAUCUACAGACCCUAGUUCACUAUGAUCAAGGACAGUUAAUAAAUUCAUGUGGAAGAGACAUAUCCUGGCAGAUUCUGGGGAUCUGUCAACAGGUGACAGGGAACCUCCGGGCUGCUUUAUACUCAUACCAACAAUCUCUCCGACAAAUACCAUUCCACAAAAUACACACAGCUACAGAAGUGAGAAUACAGUUUUCACUAACAAAGCUAAAUUAG